AAGAGGAAUGACCAGAGAAACAGGAGAAUUAGUUAGCAAAACAGAGGGGAUACUUCCAUCAGUUGAGGAGGUUGCAGGAGACUCUCUGUGCAGGAGCAUACACUUCAUACAUUUAGAAUUUUUAUUUCAUUCAUUCAAAGAAAAAGGUUACUUAAUUUAGAUAAUUUAUUUUGGAAGACUCCACAUUGGUAUUUGCAAUUUACCUGUGUACUCGGAAGUCUGCGGUUCCAGGGACGCAGUUGACUUGGAGAGCGAGAUAAACAUUUAUUCAUGAUUAUAGACAAAGCAUAACUUUUAAAGUUGCAUCAUGCCAUGUUACAUUUCAGUGUGUUUGUACAUUUGGCUGGGGUUGUUACCUGGCCGGACAAGUGCAACAGUGAUUGAGGACAUCGAAGUAUUGGUGAUGUUGCCAAAAAAUAACUCUUAUAUGUUCUCAAUAGCAAGAGUGGCCCCGGCAAUAGAGUAUGCAAAGCAGAGGUUGAAAAUCGGAGGUGGUGUGUAUUCCGGAUUUAACUUUAAUUUGCGCUAUGAGGAUUCUAACUGUGGCAAUGAUGCGCUCUUCUCCCUGGUGGACCGUUCCUGCGAGAAGAAACCGGACUUGGUGCUCGGUCCGGUGUGUGAAUACGCCGCGGCGCCGGUUGUAAGGAUGGCAUCUCACUGGAACAUCCCGGUAAUAUCGACAGGUGCUCUGGCCAGCGGUUUUAGUGACAAGGAGAAAGAAUACUCUCACCUGACCCGAAUCUCCCCGUCUUACCUGAAAAUGGCAGAAACAUUCUCGGCGAUGUUCCGUCACUUCAACUGGAAAGACGCGCUGCUGAUCUUCGAUGACGACAAAGAGGAGAGAAAUUGUUACUUCACUCUGGAAGGGGUGCACCUCAAACUCAUGGAGGAAUAUCAGACCGUACACAUAGCGAUCAACACUAAAGAAGAGGGCCUGAACGCAGAUGACAUCAUCAACUACAUCUACGAGAGUGAAGUUGUUAUCAUGUGUGCGGGAGCAGACAUUGUCCGAGACAUCAUGCUAGCGGUUCACAGAAGGAGGCUCACCAACGGCAGCUACAUCUUCUUCAACAUCGAACUCUUCAACUCCUCGUCCUACGGCAACGGCUCGUGGAAGCGAGGGGAUAGGUACGACAGUGAGGCGCGACAGGCGUACUCUGCCCUCAACACGGUCACGCUGCUCCGGACGGUCAAACCAGAGUUUGACAACUUCUCCCUGGAGGUCAAGAGAUCAAUUCAGAAAGCUGGACUACCGGACUGUGACGACUGUGACAAUAUCAACAUGUUUGUGGAAGGGUUCCAUGAUGCAUUGCUGCUGUACGCCCUGGCGUUGCACGAAGCCAUCAGGAACGGCCUCACCAAGAAGGACGGAGCAGAGAUCACCUAUCGUAUGUGGAACAGAACAUUUGAAGGCAUCGCAGGCCAGGUGUCUAUGGACUUCAACGGGGACAGAUACGGAGACUUCUCUGUGAUGAGCAUGACAAACACAGAGGCAGGCACCUAUGAGACAGUGUGUAACUACUUUGGUGUGAACGAGAGUUUCCAGAUGCUUCCGGUGUUCAACCCUGAACUCUUCACACUGAAAGGACGGCACAGAGUGCACCACACAGACCUGCCAGACAAAUCAUGUGGACUAGGAGUAUCUGCUGUUACUGGGAUCAUAGUGGGAGCUCUGCUGGGGACUGCACUGCUCAUAGCCUUCUACUUCAUCAGGAAGAACUACACCAUAACCAUUGAGAGACGCUCCGCCAGGGAGGAACAUGACAUCGGGAAACAUCGUCAGUUACGAGAAGAUUCUGUCAGAUCUACCUUCUCGGCGGCGUAGAGCAUCACUGAGUUCGUCUGUGGCUCCUGACGUUUCCGUUCCAGCGAAGCAUCAUGGGAAUGUGACCAAAGACUCGACUGCUGUCAGAGUACUCAUGCUAUUUAAAGAAAGACAUCAUGUCAUUGUUUUGUGUUUUUAAUUUUUUGGUGUUUUAACGUUUUGGAAUUUCAUUUUUCUCAGGAAAGUUAGCCGUCACAAAGCACCACUUGCAUCUCGUCUCUGUAGAAGGAUAUAGGUGUGUAUUCUCCCCUUAAGAGGGCCAGCACGGAAACAUUUAUAGUCUGUGCAAAUUGCUUUUAGUAAUUAUCAAGACCAUAGUAGUAUAACACUGCGUAGUUGUUAAUGUACAGGACCGUGGGUGUGAAUGUAUUCAGAUAAUGGACGCUCUUGUGUCAUGAGACUUUGAAAAGGUUUUGGCCUGUUUGUCAGAAAAAAACAUUUGCUCUCCACCCUGCUGUGUUUUAGUCAAACCUGAGAGGACUGGUUUUGGUCAGAUCAGAGGUAACUAGAAUAACAGUGAAGACAUCAAAACUAUGAAAUAACACAUAUGGAAUCAUGAAGUAAACAAA